CACUAUAUAUAUGUGUAUAUCCGUUACUUGGAUUAUUCCCCAUUUAUGAUCCAUUUCCCCAAUGCAAGUUACUCACUCAGCAUUUUGCAAACAACGAACUCUGUAAACGAAAGAACGAUAAUCUAUGGCGUACCGAACAUCCGAUCUCGUUACUUCUGUAAAUCCUGCUCAUGAGUUCGAUCUCGAUGCGUUGUUUCGCUAUUCAUCAGCCAAUGUCCAAGACUUCCCUCUCUCUCCUUCUAAAUUCGCCGUCUCUCAGUUCGGGCACGGUCAGUCGAAUCCUACGUUUCUCAUGGAAGUUAGUUCAGGCUCUUCUGUGAAGCGAUAUGUUCUGAGAAAGAAGCCCUCUGGGAAGUUACUACAAUCUGCUCAUGCCGUCGACAGAGAAUUUCAGGUUCAACAGGCACUGGGUGUUCAUACACAGGUUCCAGUUCCUAAGGUAUUCUGUUUGUGUACGGAUUCGAGUCUUAUUGGAACUCCAUUUUACAUCAUGGAGUAUUUGGAAGGACGCAUUUAUCUAGAUCCUACAUUACCUGGUUUGGCACCUAAGCGGAGGAGGGCACUAUACAGUGCAGCUGCCAGAACUUUAGCUUCUCUACAUUCUGUUAAUGUGGAUGCCAUUGGUCUAGCAAAAUAUGGGCAACUCGGAAACUAUUGUAAACGUCAGAUAGAGAGGUGGACCAAACAAUAUAUUUCUUCAACUGGUGAGGGCAAGUCGGAGAGAAAUCCGAAGAUGUUACAGCUGGUUGACUGGCUACGGAAACAUAUUCCUCUUGAAGAUUCCUCAAGAGCAGCUGCAGGCCUAGUUCAUGGCGACUUUCGAAUUGAUAAUCUUGUAUUCCAUCCCAUUGAGGAUAAAGUAAUUGGCAUUCUUGACUGGGAGUUAUCCACCCUUGGGAACCAAAUGUGCGAUGUUGCAUAUAGCUGCUUGCAUUAUGUUGUGAAUUUCGGGCUUGAUAACAUACAACAGGAUGAAGGUUUGGAAGUUACUGGUAUUCCUGAAGGACUUCCUUCAGUGGCAGAAUACGUGGCAGAAUACUGCUCUGCGGCUGGAAAACCAUGGCCUGUUGAUGAGUGGAAGUUCUAUAUUGCCUUUUCCUUGUUUCGUGGGGCAUCAAUCUAUGCAGGAGUACAUAGUAGAUGGAUUAUGGGUAAUGCUUCAGGAGGUGAGCGUGCACAACAAACAGGAAGAAAAGCUAAUGUACUCAUAGAUGCUGCAUGGUCAUAUAUUCAACGAAAAUCUGUGCUUCCUCAACGUCCUCCAUCUGAUGCAAUAGAACAAGUUUACUCACAACAAUUUGGAAAUGGGAGCAAAGAUCAAGGCCUUCCAAAGGAAAGGGGGAAAUUUGUUCCUAGUAAUAAGGUUUUGGAAUUGAGAAAGAGAUUGAUUAAAUUUAUGGAAGAUCACAUAUACCCCAUGGAAAAUGAAUUCUCCAAACUCGCUCAAUCUACCCUACGUUGGACAGUUCACCCAGAGGAGGAGAAGUUGAAGGAGCUAGCGAAAAGAGAAGGCUUGUGGAAUUUAUUUAUUCCUUUAGAUAGCGCUGCCAGGGCAAGAAAACUAAUUUUUGAUGGGAGAAAUGAACUUAUUGACAAUUCAAACAAUUGCUUAUUGGGAGUUGGCCUCUCAAACCUUGAAUAUGGGUACCUUUGUGAGAUCAUGGGUCGUUCUGUUUGGGCUCCGCAGGUGUUUAAUUGUGGGGCGCCUGAUACUGGAAAUACGGAGGUAUUAUUGCGCUAUGGCAACAAAGAGCAACUACAAGAAUGGCUUGUUCCCUUGCUUGAGGGUAAGAUACGGUCUGGAUUUGCAAUGACAGAACCACAGGUUGCAUCUUCUGAUGCAACUAAUAUUGAGUGCUCUAUUAGGAGACAAGGGGACUCAUAUAUCAUCAAUGGGAGGAAGUGGUGGACCAGCGGGGCCAUGGAUCCUAGGUGCAGGCUUCUUAUAGUUAUGGGAAAAACUGAUUUCAAUGCCCCUAAGCAUAAACAGCAAUCCAUGAUCUUGGUGGAUAUUCAUACUCCUGGUGUACACAUAAAGAGACCACUCACAGUAUUUGGCUUUGAUGAUGCACCUCAUGGGCAUGCAGAAGUAACAUUUGAGAAUGUAUGUGUGCCAGCCAAGAAUAUUGUGCUGGGAGAGGGCCGUGGGUUUGAGAUAGCUCAGGGUAGGCUGGGACCAGGAAGGUUGCACCAUUGCAUGAGAUUGAUAGGUGCAGCCGAGCGUGGUAUGCAGCUGAUGGCACAAAGGGCUCUGAAAAGGAGAGCAUUUGGAAAAUUGAUUGCUGAGCAUGGUUCAUUCCUUUCAGAUAUUGCCAAGUGUCGAAUUGAGCUGGAGGCUGCCAGAUUGUUGGUUCUGGAAGCUGCUGAUCAGCUUGAUCGUCUUGGAAACAAAAAAGCCCGUGGGACCUUAGCGAUGGCCAAGGUAGCAGCUCCAAAUAUGGCGCUGAAGGUGCUCGACAUGGCAAUGCAAGUACAUGGUGCAGCGGGAUUAUCUUCUGAUACUGUUCUAGCCCAUCUCUGGGCUACGGCAAGAACAUUAAGAAUAGCAGAUGGUCCAGACGAGGUCCACUUGGGUACCAUUGCCAAAUUAGAAUUACAGAGAGCAAAACUUUGAAAUUUUCAGAAAGUGGAGUCUUGACAAGCAGAGCACUUGUUGAACAGAACAAUAAAAUGAAAAAUACAAGACAAUAUCAAAUAAUACAUAAUAGUCCGAAGUGGAAAGGAAUGAUAUAAUUCAUCGCUGUGAGAAAAAUAAAUUAAAAUAAGAGCGGACUAUUAUAGUGAAGGCAAUAAUAGAAUUAUUGUUAUUGUAAGAUUGUCAUAUGAAUCACUGGGCCAAUGUUCAAGAGCAAAUAGUGGGUAGUUUUGUAUUACCUACCGUAUUUUACAGAUGAGGUUGAACGAGUUGAUUUGAUUUUUGAAUGCUAACAUGUGAUGGUAUUGUAUGAAA